AGUCGGCCAGUAACAACGCGGAACCAACCAACUAAACAAAAGAGAAUUUCGUCAUUACAAAUCUCGUCCACUCCCACAACGGCUCAAUCGUAGGUUAGUUAGAUUCAAAGUGGACCCCACUCCCUUCAUAGAACAUUCUAGACACUCUAUUCUCUAACCUAUAUAACACAUCGUUACUACCACCACUAAUUCACAAAUUCACCUCAUACUUUCGCAUCUCAAACCCUAAUUUUCUCUCCUCUCUUUUCACAACCCUAAUUUUCUUUCUUCUCUCUUUCGAUUUUCGAAUCGAUAAUGGCCGGUAAAGGUGAAGGACCGGCGAUCGGAAUCGAUCUCGGAACUACAUACUCUUGUGUUGGAGUAUGGCAACACGAUCGUGUUGAAAUCAUCGCUAACGAUCAAGGAAACCGUACUACACCUUCUUAUGUUGCUUUUACUGAUAGUGAAAGAUUGAUCGGUGAUGCUGCUAAGAAUCAGGUUGCGAUGAACCCUACCAACACCGUCUUCGAUGCCAAGCGUUUGAUUGGAAGGAGAAUUUCUGAUGCCUCUGUUCAGAGUGAUAUGAAAUUGUGGCCAUUUAAGAUCAUUGCUGGUCCUGGUGAGAAGCCUAUGAUUGGUGUUAACUACAAGGGUGAGGAAAAGCAGUUUGCUUCUGAGGAAAUCUCAUCCAUGGUUUUGAUUAAGAUGCGUGAGAUUGCUGAGGCUUAUCUUGGAUUAACUAUCAAGAACGCUGUUGUUACUGUACCUGCUUACUUCAAUGAUUCUCAGCGUCAAGCAACCAAAGAUGCUGGAGUUAUUGCUGGUCUCAAUGUUUUGAGAAUUAUCAAUGAGCCAACUGCAGCAGCUAUUGCUUACGGUCUUGACAAGAAGGCCACAAGUGUUGGUGAGAAGAACGUUUUGAUCUUUGAUUUGGGAGGUGGUACUUUUGAUGUAUCUCUUCUUACUAUUGAAGAGGGUAUUUUUGAAGUUAAAGCCACUGCUGGUGAUACCCAUCUUGGUGGUGAAGAUUUUGAUAAUAGAAUGGUUAACCAUUUUGUUCAAGAGUUUAAGAGGAAGAACAAGAAGGAUAUUAGUGGAAACCCUAGGGCACUUAGGAGGUUGAGGACAGCUUGUGAGAGAGCGAAGAGAACCCUCUCCUCAACUGCACAAACUACCAUUGAAAUUGAUUCUUUGUAUGAGGGUGUUGACUUUUACACCACAAUCACCCGUGCCAGGUUUGAGGAACUUAACAUGGAUCUUUUUAGAAAGUGUAUGGAGCCUGUUGAGAAGUGUUUGAGAGAUGCAAAGAUGGACAAGAGCACUGUUCAUGAUGUUGUCCUUGUUGGUGGUUCAACUAGGAUUCCUAAAGUUCAGCAAUUGUUGCAAGACUUCUUCAAUGGUAAGGAGCUUUGCAAAAGCAUCAACCCCGAUGAGGCUGUUGCCUAUGGAGCUGCUGUCCAGGCAGCUAUAUUGAGCGGUGAAGGAAACGAGAAGGUUCAAGAUUUGUUGCUUUUGGAUGUCACCCCAUUGUCUCAAGGUUUGGAGACUGCUGGAGGUGUCAUGACUGUAUUGAUUCCAAGGAACACUACCAUUCCAACCAAGAAGGAGCAAGUUUUCUCCACUUACUCAGAUAACCAACCUGGUGUCUUGAUUCAAGUUUAUGAAGGUGAGAGAACAAGGACUAAGGAUAACAACUUGUUGGGUAAAUUUGAGCUUUCCGGUAUUCCCCCAGCACCCCGUGGUGUUCCCCAGAUCACUGUUUGCUUCGACAUCGAUGCUAACGGUAUCUUGAACGUGUCUGCUGAGGACAAAACUACCGGGCAGAAGAACAAGAUCACCAUUACCAACGACAAAGGAAGGCUGUCCAAGGAAGAAAUUGAGAAGAUGGUUCAAGAAGCAGAGAAAUAUAAGAGUGAAGAUGAGGAGCACAAGAAGAAGGUUGAGGCAAAGAACUCAUUGGAGAACUAUGCUUACAACAUGAGAAACACCAUUAAAGAUGACAAGAUCAGCUCAAAGCUUUCUGCAGGUGACAAGAAACAGAUUGAGGAUGCAAUUGAAGGUGCCAUUCAAUGGCUUGAUGCUAAUCAGCUAGCUGAAGCUGAUGAAUUUGAAGACAAGAUGAAGGAGCUCGAGACUGUUUGCAACCCCAUCAUUGCAAAGAUGUACCAAGGUGGAGCUGGUGAAGGCGCCGAUGUUGAUGACGAUGCUGUUCCACCUCCAAGUGGCAGCGGCGGUGCUGGUCCCAAGAUUGAAGAGGUCGACUAAGUGUAAUAGUUAGACAUGUUGGUAGAAGAUUAUGCUUGCUUUUGUUAUGGUUGGGUUUAUGGCUGUUUUAGUAUUUUACUUUUAUGAACAAUAUUGUUUUGUUAUUUUUAAUGUAUUUUGAACGGUGUGACGGAAAAACACCGUAUUUUGCUCAGUACUCUCUUUUGGCAAUAUAUACAGUUUUGCUAAUUUUUGCAA